CGAAAUGCCAAGCGUGAGUAUCGCAAAAAAGAGACAAAUACAACCAUCUCUCUCUUUCUCUCUGAACCACUUUGUUUUCCUCCAUUUCUGAUUCGGAUCGCAUUUCAGAUCUAUCCUUCGUCGCAGGCGCACAUCACUAGCAAUUCCUCUCGAUUCUGUUCCAUUCAAGAAUUUGGGGGUGGUGCUUCUUCAAAAAUGGCAGAUCCACCGGUGACGCCGGUUCUCCGCAAACCGCCAGGUUACAGAGACCCGAACGCCUCAUCACGACCCGUACCCAAACCAACACCGCCAGGUAAGCCCGUCCUCCCUCCUUCCUUACGCCCCAAGAAGAAACGCAGGCGCUGUUGUCGUAUAAUCUGCUGCUUCCUCUGCAUCUUCAUCUUGAUUUUCAUCAUUCUCUUCAUAAUAUGCGGUGGCCUCUUCUACGUCUGGUUCGACCCCAAACCCCCUGUGUUUCACCUGCAAUCAUUCCAGAUCCCCCAAUUUAACGUCUCCGUCAAAACAGACGGCACAUUCCUCAGCGCGCGAACGGUGGCUAGAGUUGAAAUUGAGAACCCUAAUGGGAAGCUGACGUAUUACUACGGCGGGUCAGACGUGGAUGUGACGGUGGGGAAGGAUCGGGAAACAAAGUUGGGGUCGGCGUUUGUUGAUGGUUUUACACAGAAGAAGAAGAACAUAACGAGCUUGAAAAUUGAGACACAAGUGAAGGACCGUUUGGUGGAUGAUUCGACCGGGGAGAAGCUCAGGGAAGCAUACAAGAACAAGGGCUUGGUUGUGAAUGUGGCAGUGCGAAGCAAGGUGGGUUUGGGCGUGGAGGGGAUCAAGAUUGGUUUCCUGAGUGUCAAUGUCUUGUGUGGAGAUGUAAGCUUGAAGAAACUUGACAAUGUGAUGCCGAAAUGCACCAUCAACAUGUUCAAAUGGAUCAACAUACAUUGACAUUGUUCUUGGUCCCGGAGGAGGAUGUACCACACAACACUGAUACUUGUACCUAAACCGGAGUUAAUUUAUAGCCAACUUUUUCAUUUCAUUUGAUAUGAUAAUCUUAAUUGAAAUUCUUUAUCCCAUGAAAGAUCCGAGAUUGCAGUGUUAUGUUCUGUAUA